AUAUUGGGAAAGACUAGGUCUGUCGUUAUGUCAGUAUGUUACAGUUCUUUUGGACAGACUAGGUUGGCAGUUAUGUCAGUAUGUUGAAGUUCCCUUGGACAGACAAGGCUUUUCCCAGAGAGCUACAGGACUACAAUUAUGUCAGGGAGUCACUGAUGUUUGUCAUUAUUCCAUGAUGUCUUUUAAUUGCAGAAAUAUAACAAGAAAUCGUAAAUUAGACAAAAGGAACUUUUUACAAUGGUUUGUAUUAGGAUUAUGGCAUGUCGUUGUGUUCUUCUUUGGUGUUGUGUUUUUGUUUGGAAACGAUGUCUCACUGUGGCCUGAUGGGAAGAUGAUGGGACUUUCGAGCUUUGGCACAAUAGCGUAUACAAUCUGUGUUAUUACAGUCAAUUUGAAGCUGUGCUUGGAGACGUACUACUGGCCACUUCCUAUGUUCAUGGCUUAUGUCGCCACUGGUGUGGUCAAUAUGUGCUUGACUUUCAUGGACAACAUGAUCAUAUGGCCGGAGUUUAUACAGUCACUGAAGGACAACUAUAAAGUGUACACCACCUGUCUGUCCAGUGGUACCGUCUGGUUAAGUAUCGUGUUGCUGCCAGUCAUAGCCCUGUUCCCAGACGUCAUCAUCAGGGUGGCCCGAGACACAGACUACUGACAAAUAAGCUGACAUUUCAGGGGUGUCAACAAUCUAGUUUAAAGUCAGCAUUUUGCAAAUUUUAUGGUCGUUAUAACGAUCUAGUUUACCGAUACACCCUGUCAUUGUGUUUACAGAUUUGGUUUAUUGUACACUCUAUAUUUGAUUUCCAAAAAAAUUGGCAUAAAGUUUAGAAUUUACUUAGGUGGGCCUGUUUACCGUAACUAAAUUAAGAAUAUUGGCCUUUUGAUUUUUUUUUUAAUUGUUGAAUAAAGUAAAGAUUUUAGAAUUGUUUCAUAUUUCAUGGCAGUUUUUUUUUAUCCCAGAAGCUGGUUUUACAUGCAUAAUUUGUGGUAGAUUUUUAUUACCAGUACAUGUAAAUUUGGAGGAAAAACACACAAAACUAUGAUGUGAAAGGCGAAUAUCACGAACGGGGUGAGACAAACUAUGACAAACUAUGAAGCAAACAGGAAAAUGGGUAUACAGCCGGAUCAAGCUGAUGCAGUGGAUAAAUAGUGAUAUGAAACAGCACUAAAAUCCAACAACACCCGAUACCUAGAGGUAUCGGAUCCGCAUAAUGGAUACAAGGUCAUUAAAAUUUUAUAUAAAGCAGCGAUAUGACCAACGACACGAACAUUCGAUAAUUCCUAGGGAUGACCCGUCCCAGAAGUUCUAGGGAUGACCCGUCCCUUCCUAAGGACAAACGAAAAAGUUUAACUAACAAGAAUGUAAAUCAAGUACCUAUUUGUUUCAACUCUCAACUGCAUUUUAUGAGUGGACUGUAAAUAAAAGGAAUAAAUUA